GGCGGCGUCGGGACGUUGGGACUGCGCGCGGUGCUGCCGCCUCUACCGCGGUGGUUGUUGUUGUUGUCGUUGUCGCCGCCGCGGGUGGCGUGUUGGGCCCGAGCUUCCCGACCUGAAGAGGGUCCCGAUCGCCAGGCGUUGCCCACCGGCCAUGGUCCCUCGCUUCCCGCCUGAGAGACAGGAGGCGCGGGGGCAGCAGCAGCGGCCAUUGCUGGAGGGGGCUGCCCGGCGAGGGCUAUGACAGGAUGGACGCGGACGAAGUGACCAUCCGCGAGCAGAACUUCCACAGCCAAGUGCGGGAAUACACGAUCUGUUUUCUUUUGUUUGCGAUAUUGUAUAUUGUUUCCUACUUCAUUAUCAGAAGAUACAAGAGGAAAGCAGAUGAACAAGAGGAUGAAGAUGCUAUUGUCAAUAGAAUUUCGCUGUUCUUGAGCACUUUUACUCUUGCAGUUUCAGCGGGUGCCGUGCUCCUCUUACCUUUUUCAAUAAUCAGCAAUGAGAUUCUGCUUUCUUUUCCACAAAGUUACUAUAUCCAGUGGUUGAAUGGUUCUCUAAUUCAUGGUUUAUGGAACCUUGCUUCCCUCUUUUCUAAUCUUUGUUUGUUUAUAUUGAUGCCCUUUGCUUUCUUCUUUCUGGAGUCAGAAGGCUUUGCUGGCUUAAAAAAGGGAAUCAAAGCACGUAUUUUGGAAACUCUUGUUAUGCUCAUUCUUCUUGCGUUGCUUAUUCUUGGAAUUGUAUGGGUAGCUUCAGCUCUCAUAGACAAUGAUGCUGCAAGUAUGGAGUCCUUAUAUGAUCUUUGGGAAUUCUACCUCCCUUAUUUAUAUUCCUGUAUAUCUUUGAUGGGGUGUUUACUACUUCUUCUUUGUACACCAGUAGGACUUUCCCGUAUGUUUACAGUGAUGGGACAAUUGCUUGUAAAGCCAACAAUUCUUGAAGACUUGGAUGAACAGAUAUAUAUUAUUACUCUAGAAGAAGAAGCUAUAAUGAGAAGACUAAAUGGAGGAUUUUCUGCAGUGGAGUAUAAUACAAAACAACUUGAGCAGGAAUUGAAUAAUGUGAAGAGCAUGAAAACAAAAUUAGAGCGGCGGAAAAAGGCCUCUGCCUGGGAAAGGAACCUUGUGUAUCCAGCUGUAAUGAUCCUACUGCUAAUUGAAACGGCAAUCUCAGUGCUUUUAGUUGCUUGCAAUAUUCUGUGUCUCUUGGUUGAUGAAACCGCAAUGCCGAAGGGAUCACGGGGGCCUGGCAUAGGAAGUGCCUCUCUGUCCACAUUUGGUUUCGUGGGAGCAGCACUUGAGAUCAUUUUGAUUUUCUAUCUUAUGGUUUCCUCUGUUGUUGGCUUUUAUAGCCUACGUAUUUUUGGAGAUUUUACCCCCAGGAAGGAUGACACAACUAUGACAAAGAUAAUUGGGAAUUGUGUAUCUAUCUUAGUCCUCAGUUCAGCGUUGCCAGUUAUGUCAAGAACACUGGGCAUCACCAGGUUUGAUCUCCUUGGAGACUUUGGAAGGUUUAACUGGUUAGGAAACUUCUACAUAGUAUUGUCCUACAAUCUUCUUUUUGCUAUCAUGACAACCCUGUGCCUGGUGAGAAAGUUCACCUCUACUGUUAGAGAAGAACUCCUCAAAGCAUUAGGUUUAGAUAAACUGCAUCUCUCGCAUAACGCAAGAGACUCCGAGUCAACAAAGUCAUCUGUAAAUGGGCAUCAGAAAACACUGUGAAUCAUAGUCGGUGGAAAUGAGUCAGCUUCCUGACAUUCCUCUCACUUCACUGUACUUGUUUUCUACUGCUCUUACUUGUUUAUACCUUGGAUCCAGGUCGAUGCAGAAGAAAUCUGGUUGCAUUGGACCAUACUCUUCUUGCUUGGAUCGAUCUACUUUAAUUUUUCUGUCAACUGGAGAUGUCUCUUGAACAUUCCUCUUUGAACAGACCUUCAUACAGAUUUCUGAAUCCAAGGAGAAGAAUCUUCUGCAUGUAAAUAUAUGGUUGAAGAUGAAUUUCGGAGAUGAGCUUGCUAUCUGAAAAUGGCAAACCUCUCCUCAAGAUGUUGAUUCUUCCAGUAAGAUGCAUUUUGAAAACGUGUGAGAGCAUAAUAAGGCUCAGGAUCAAUACAUUAAUCUACUCGUCAAAUCAGUUUGCACUAUGAUUGUAUCUAAGGUAACAGGAGUUCUUAAUUCUAAAUGGUAAACUGUCUCAUUUUUUGCUAGGGAAAAUUUCCUUUGCAAACCCUGAUUAUGCAAUAACAUAAUCUUGGAACUACAGUGCUAAAUCUGAGCCUGGGAAAAAGUAAUUGUAGAUUUAUGAUCAUUAUAUGUAUAAUCAUGCCUAAAAACGUGAUUGUCAUACUCUGCUAAACAAUACGAACUAAAAUGUGUAUAAAAUAUACAUACAUAUAAACUCUGAGAAGGAAACAAUUGCACCCAAUUUUCACAAAGUUGUCUUUAAAUGAUGCCCAUUCCUAUGACUGAUGUGUAUUUUAUUUUGCUGAACAAGGUAUUUUUUUCAUUAGUUCUUUUCAGGGUGGAUUUGAUUUAAAUCACGUCAAUUUAAAUACAAUAUAAAAAACCAACUCGAUUUAAAUCGUAAUUUUUAAAGAGGAACUGUCAUUUCUGUCCCGCAGUGGCUCUUCCUCUGACCUUUUGUUGACUCCCCAUCAGUCCCAAUAUUGCAGAAUAUAUAGCCUCAUGCUACAUAACAAAGCUCCAUUUCAUUAUGAAUAAAACUAAAUUAUUUAUGUACCUGAAAUAGAAAACUAUCUUUAGAUAGAUUUUUACCCCAAAAGCAUUUUAUUAAAAUAAAUUUGAUGAAAAUAAAAAAAAUCUGAUUUGAAUUAAAAAAUCUUAUUUAAAUUUCAAAAAUCAAUUUUUAUCCACCCUGGUUCUUUUAGUUGUUUAUAGGUGUACACGUGUCUACUUUUUUUAUGAACACAGAAUUGAGCUAGCAUUUUGCUUAGUUUAUAAUAUGAAAACUUAAGAUUCUUGUUCAGGGUUUUGGAAAUGGUAUAGUUGACACAGCAUGCAGUUGGAUAUUGUUACAAUGUUGAAGUUUACAAAAUCCCGUGAAGUUGUAAAAAAAGGCAGAAGGAAGUUAAGCUGCAUUUGUUUACUAAUGUAUUGAGUUGAGGCAGGGAGAUGGUAAAGACCACUGUGAUGACUUGGUCCAAUGGAGUUGAUCCUAUUCUCUGUAUAAUCAUUUGAUCAAGGAUAGUUUAUUGGGACUUUGUAACUUCAUUUCUCUUUGUGGAAAAUCUGUUGCUGUUAAUCUGUUACUGUUAAUCUCUGUAAAUCUCUGUAAACCCAAAGCCUCAAAAUAGUCUCAAACACAUUGCACAAUGUCCAGAUAUUUAAUUCAGGUGUUUUGGAUUACGAUGUUGCUAAUUUCAUAGGAUUCAUAAACAUGUUUUCUAUUAAUUCCAUUGAUUUACCACUAUGGAGUUCUUGGACAUCAAAAACUUGUUUCUUAACUUUUAUACUGUUUCUUCUAUUGAUGAAUUUUGCAUUAUUUGGAAGGUAAGAAUUGUAGCAAAUAUAUAAUAGGAAUUUUUCUAGCAUAACCAAUAGAAGUGUGAAAUAAAAUACUCAAAAGGAAGAUUCUAAGAAUUUAGAAUGAAUUGCACUGAUGGGUUAUUUGCUACAGUGAAAGCUGUAGCAAAAUUAGGUCAUUGAAAUGAUUUCAAAUAUUGAACUAUCACAAGUCGAAAUGGUAAUAAUCACUUUUAGGUCAGUUUGGCCCCCUUUUCAUGAUAAUAUUCACAUAUAUUGUUAAAUAUGAGGAGCUAUUGUGAUAAAUUAAUUUUAUCUAAUCUUUAUCUAAUCUUAUCUUGGAAAUCUUGGUUUUAGGGCAACAUUCAAGAAAAAUAUACUCAUUUAGUCAUGGGUGUGAUUUAGGAUCUUUUCUCCUUGCGGGGUUGAAACUAUGAAUUUUCAAUUUUCAGCAAGUUCUUAGAGUGAUUUUUAACAACAAAUAAAGAACAAUAGUAAUUCUCAGUGGAAGAAGCAUCUCCUACAUGGACACUGAUUAAAGGGUCCAUUGCUUCUGAGUACAAAUAGUUACCCUGGAUUAAUUUAUAUUAAUGAUACUUAAAUUGGAAGAGAUUCCCCUUAAAAAAACAUUUUACUGUUGAGAAUUUAAUCUACUUGGAUGUUUUGUGAUCAGUUCAAUUUUUCAGUCCUUGUAUUGACAUGUAUUUGAAUAGUCUGCUUUGCCUGCUCUGCAUCACACCUGUUUUCUAGUAUAGAAAGAUUGCAUAGAAUCUCCUUUUCAAAAUGCUGUUCAUUAUUGUCUCCAUACACAGAUUUAUGAUAACGUUAUUUUGAAAAUGGAUGUUAGAUAAGUGGCAUCAAAAAGAUAUAUAUAUAUAUAUAUCUAUGAGCUCCUUUGUUCUUGGCUUUGUCUGUGUGAAAUGACCUGUUGUAGACGACUUUGGAAAUGACAUUGUUACUUACAACUAUGCUUAAAAAAAGGUCAGAAAAGACAUUAUUUUGGUUCAUAAUUCAUUGAAUAUAGAUAAUGCAUUCCUAGCGGUUUGACUCUUAGAGUCAAGUAACCGGUUAUCUUCAGGUAUCAACCUUUGCCUCAUUUAUUAUGAGGCUUAAGCACAAAUAUGCUUUCCUUAAAUGUACUAUAGUAUCUAUCAAAGCAGACCAAAAUAUGCAAAGCCAAGUGUUUCAAGUGAGCCUUUGGCUUUCUCCAUGAUAGAUUGAUAGUACAGUGUGGACACAUUAUGACAGAUCUGUUGAUACAACUUGAGCACAUCUUUGCUAUUCACCUUUUAAAGCUAAGUUAAAGUGAAUAUGGGUUAAAUCAGCAGUACAGAUGAACUAGGACAUUUGAUUUAAUUGGAUGUAAUGUGAGACCCUCACCCUUUUUUAUUCACACUUCUAUACAUUUGCCUGUUUAGUGUUGAUUAAAGUAUUUGACAAGACUUC